GGGGCGCAGGCAGGGACCCUCCGCUCCCCUCUCCGUCUGCCGCCCGGACGGGCCUCCGCGGCGGCGCGAGGAAGGGGUGUUGGGUCGCCAGGGCCCGCCUCCCAGCUGCCCCGACCGCCGGGGGGCCUGGCGGUGACGGCGGCGCCUGGCGGCGGGGAUUUGGCGCGGGCCGGGGGCCGGGGCCGGGGCGCGGGGGCGCGGGGCUGGAUUCCUAGGGCCGCGGCGCUUCCCGGCAUGCUCCGCUGCAGGCCCGCGCCCGCGCCCGGACUUUGCCAUCGGCGAGGCAGUCGCGGGAUGCGCCCGGGAGCCGCAGCCUGAGGCCCUCAGGUCUCUGAAGGUGUCGUGGAGGAACCUGGCACCUGCCAUCCUCUCCCCCAGUUUGCCACUUCCAGCAGCUUUAGCCCAUGAGGAGGAUGUGAGCGGGACUGAGUCAGGAGCCCUCUGGAAGCAUGGAGACCGUGGUGAUUGUUGCCAUAGGUGUGCUGGCCACCAUCUUUCUGGCGUCGUUUGCAGCCUUGGUGCUGGUUUGCAGGCAGCGCUACUGCCGGCCGCGAGACCUGCUGCAGCGCUAUGAUUCUAAGCCCAUUGUGGACCUCAUUGGUGCCAUGGAGACCCAGUCUGAGCCCUCUGAGUUAGAACUGGACGAUGUCGUUAUCACCAACCCCCACAUUGAGGCCAUUCUGGAGAAUGAAGACUGGAUCGAAGAUGCCUCGGGUCUCAUGUCCCACUGCAUUGCCAUCUUGAAGAUUUGUCACACUCUGACAGAGAAGCUUGUUGCUAUGACAAUGGGCUCUGGGGCCAAGAUGAAGACUUCAGCCAGUGUCAGCGACAUCAUUGUGGUGGCCAAGCGGAUCAGCCCCAGGGUGGAUGAUGUUGUGAAGUCGAUGUACCCUCCGUUGGACCCCAAGCUCCUGGACGCACGAACGACUGCCCUGCUCCUGUCUGUCAGUCAUCUGGUGCUGGUGACAAGGAAUGCCUGCCAUCUGACAGGAGGCCUGGACUGGAUUGACCAGUCUCUGUCGGCUGCUGAGGAGCAUUUGGAAGUCCUUCGAGAAGCAGCCCUAGCUUCUGAGCCAGAUAAAGGCCUCCCAGGCCCCGAAGGCUUCCUGCAGGAGCAGUCUGCAAUUUAGUGCCUAUAGGCCAGCAGUUAGCCAUGAAGACCUCUGCCGCCAUCCCUGGGUGGCUCAGCUUAGCCUUCUACUUUUUCCUGUAGAGUUAGUUGUUGUCCACGGCUGGAGAGUUCAGCUGUGUGUGCAUAGUAAAGCAGGAGAUCCCUGUCAGUUUAUGCCUCUUUUGCAGUUGCAAACUGUGGCUGGUGAGUGGCAGUCUAAUACUACAGUUAGGGGAGAUGCCAUUCACUCUCUGCAUAGAGGAGCAUUGAAAACUGGUGGACUGUCAGCUUUAUUUAGCUCACCUAGUGUUUUCAGGAAAAUUGAGCCACCGUUUAAGAAAUCAAGAGGUUUCACAUUAAAAUUAGAAUUUCUGGCCUCCCUCGAUCGGUCAGAAUGUGUGGCAAUUCUGAUCUGCAUUUUCAGAAGAGGACAAUCAAUUGAAACUAAGUAGGGAUUUCUUCUUUUGGCAAGACUUGUAUUCUCUCACCUGGUCUGUUUCAUUUAUUUGUAUUAUCUGCCUGGUCCCUGAGGCGUCUGAGUCCUCCCCCUUAGAGGUUUGGGUUUGAAGCUGAGGAACUACAAAGUUGAUGAUUUCUUUUUUAUCUUUAUGCCUGCAAUUUUACCUAGCUACCACUAGGUGGAUAGUAAAUUUAUACUUAACAUUUC